AUGUCGCUGAUCCAGCGGUUCUACGACCCGCAAGAGGGAGCCGUCUACGUUGGCGAGGCGCGAAGGCCCCUUCACGAGCUGAACAUCCGCUGGUGGCGUCGGCAGAUCGGCUUUGUCGGGCAGGAGCCUGUGUUGUUCAACACCACCGUCCGGAACAACAUCUUGUACGGUCGCUGGGGUGCACAUAUGUUUUACCAUGUAUUCCAAUAG